AUGGCGGACGACCCAAACGCAGCGGACAGGAACGUGGAGAUAUGGAAAAUCAAGAAGUUGAUUAAAAGUUUGGAAGCUGCCCGUGGGUAAGUGUUUGAAAUGGGCACAAGAUACAGGACGUCUCACUGGGUGUCGGAGGGGUGGUGGGAGACGGAGAUAUGCAGACAUGAAUGGACAGCUGGAUGAGCGAGGCCGAAUUUUGGGAGUGGUCCUAGCUAGCCAGUUAGCGUGCUAUUAACACAGUCAACAUUGUAAAUAACGUUAGUUCCUACCAAUAUUCGAUUUUGAUCGUAUAAUUAGUAUGAUGCCAUUCAUGUUAUUUGUAGCUAGCUCUGUUACUUGUUAUGUGUGUUGAUGUCCGGGUUAGUUAGCUAGUUAGCUACAUGUUGUUAGCUGAAAAUGCCGGCUUCUGUGGAUGAGGUCUUUAAAACAGUGGGGUUGUUUGUAUAUCACACUGACGCCUAGGUGCUUGUAGUAACGCGGGUUUACAGUAUACACUAGUGUUGUUUUCAAUUGUAUUGGGUUGCACAAAAACAGUCCGUGGGAAGCCAGAAGUUACGUGCAAUUCAAUUUCAACUUAGCUACUAACUUACUGUGGCAGUGGGCAGGACGGUUGGUCGUUAUGACGGGGGGAGUUUGAGACAAAAUCGUAUUAUUAAACAGACUUUCCAAACGUGGGUCUGUUGUAGACCCACUUCCUCUGCUUACAUCAUGUCAAAAAUAAGUCCCCCACAAGCUAUUUCUUUUUUGGCCACAUAUGGUGCCGCUGGCACAGUAAGUUGAAAUGCAAUUGUAUUUAACUUAGCUUCCCAUGGACUGUUUUCUUUGUGCAACCCAGUACAAUUGCCGCGUUGCUAAAAGCACCUAGCUGACACCAGUAUGUUCCCAUAUGCUGCGAUAGAUAAAGCAGUUGAUAGCUAUGUUGGCUUGCUUUCAAGACACAGCAUUGAACAUGUCUUGUAUUUGGGAGUGGAAGGCUUAAAGCUACAGUAUGUUUGAGUAGCAAGCAGCAGGCACUCAACUGCCAUUUCCUAUUCCUUUGGUGACAAUGUGUGUAGUUAGCUAGCGGUCAUCCAUAUUCAUUUAGAUAAGUAGUUCACAGAGCUAGUUCCGUGGCUUACUCGGCAGUGUGAUUAGGCAAAUGGGACCGCUUUGCCCCCGAAGUGUUCUUGUUGUCCACUGGCACAGAAUCCUCUGCUACAUACACAUACGGUUGACAAUUUGGCCUAUAUUCACAAACCAGCUACCUGUGGGUAUACAGCAUCAACGUGUAUGGCUCGCCAGUUUGCCUUUGACUGGUAGUGAAUGUGGCUCAGUGGGAGUUUAGCACAGUCCUUGGUGUCAAGGACAUAACUUGUUGUUCUGUAUGGGAACUGUGUGCCCCUCCCCUUUCAGACAGUGGAAUCUAGGAAGGUAGUGUUUGGUGACCAGUGGCGUCAACUGUUAUAAAGUUGAGGUGUGUGUUACACAAGGGUAGAUAUGGGUCAGGUAAUAUUAGAGAAUGAUUGGAGGGGCUGAUGGGUGGAAGAUUUGUUUUGAUUGUGGAAGCAUAUUCAUUCCUUUCAGAGAUUGAUAUGAAAUGCCCAGAUCUAUGCUGUACUAAGACAGUGUUAUUUACACAACCGUGAAUAUGUGUGUUUAUGUAACUAUCUGUCCCUCUCUCCUCAGUAAUGGAACCAGUAUGAUCUCGCUGAUCAUUCCCCCUAAGGACCAGAUCUCCAGAGUGGCCAAGAUGUUGGCUGAUGAGUUUGGGACAGCCUCCAACAUCAAGAGCAGAGUCAACAGGCUCUCUGUGCUAGGGGCCAUUACCUCUGUACAGCAGAGACUAAAGCUAUACAACAAGGGUGAGUGAUUUGUGUGCAAAUGGAACUGUGUCGUCGUGUGUCUGUACUAGGAGCCUUGACCUCCUCAUAGUGGACUCCAAAGCUACAGCAAGGAUGUCUCUUUUUCUUGUUAGUUGUGUAUAUUUCUUAAGGGUCACUGGGUCUUGCCUGUGUUGACUGGUAAGUCCUGUCUCUCUCCUGUAGUGCCCCCUAACGGCCUGGUGGUGUACUGUGGGACUAUUGUGACAGACGAGGGCAAAGAGAAGAAAGUCAACAUAGACUUUGAGCCUUUUAAACCCAUCAACACCUCCCUGUACCUCUGUGACAACAAGUUCCACACUGAGGUAGGAGCUCUACAUAUGUACAUUGCCUUCGGAAAGUAUUCAGAGCCCUUGACUUUUUCCACAUUUUGUUACGUUACAGCCUUAUUCUAAAAUUGAUUAAAUCGUUUUUUUCUCUCAUCAAUCUACACACAAUAACGCAUAAUGACAAAGCAAAAACAGGUGUUUAUAAUUUUUUGCUAAUUAAUAAAAUAAACUGAUGACAUUUACAUAAGUAUUCAGACCCUUUACUCAAUACUUUGUUGAAGCACCUUUGGCAGCGAUUACAGCUUAGUCUGCUUGGGUAUGACGCUACAAGCUUGACACACCUGUUUUUCUCUGCAGAUGCUCUCAAUCUCUGUCAGGUUGGAUGAGGAGCAUCGCUGCACAGCUAUUUUCAGGUCUCUCCAGAGAUGUUCGAUUGGGUUCAAGUCCGGGCUCUGGCUGGGCCACUCAAGGACAUUCAGAGACUUGUCGAAGCCACUCCUGCGUUGUCUUUGCUGUGUGCUUAGGUUCGUUGUCCUGUUGGAAGGUGAACCUUCGCCCCAGUCUGAGGUCCUGAGCGCUCUGGAGCAGGUUUUCAUCAAGGAUCUCUCUGUACUUUGCUCCGUUCAUCUUUCCCUCGAUCCUGACUAGUCUCCCAGUCCCUGCCACUGGAAAAACAUCCCCACAGCACGAUGCUGCCACCACCACCAUGCUUCACCGUAGGGAUGGUGCCAGGUUUAUUCCAGACGUGACGCUUGGCAUUCAGGCCAAAGAGUUCAAUCUUGGUUUCAUCAGACCAGAGAAUCUUGUUUCUCAUGGUCUGAGAGCCUUUAGGUGCCUUUUGGCAAACUCCAAGUGGGCUGUCGUGUGCCUUUUACUGAAGAGUGGCUUCAGUAAAGCCAUAAAGGCCUGAUUGGUGGAGUGCUGCAGAGGUGGUUGUCCUUCUGGAAGGUUCUCCAAUCUCCACAGAGGAACUCUGGAGCUCUGUCAGUGACUAUUGGGUUCUUGGUCACCUCCCUGACCAAGGCCCUUCUCCCCCGAUUGCUCAGUUUGGCCGGGCGGCCAGCUCUAGGCAGAGUCUUGGUGGUUCCAAACUUCUUCCAUUUAAGAAUGAUGGAGGCCACUGUGUUCUUGGGGACCUUAAAUGCUGAAGAAAUGCCCAGAUCUAUGCCUCGACACAAUCUUGUCUCUGAGCUCUACGGACAGUUCCUUCGACCUCAUGGCUUGGUUUUUGCUCUGACAUGCACUGUCAACUGUGGGACCUUUAUAUAGACAGGUGUGUCCAAUCAAUUGAAUUUACCACAGGUGGACUCCAAUCAAGUUGUAGAAACAUCUCAAGGAUGAUCAAUGGAAACAGGAUGCACCUGAGCUCAUGUUCGAGUCUCAUAGCAAAGGGUCUGAAUACUUAUGUAAAUUAUUUAUUUCUGUUUUUAUUUUAUUAUAAAUUUGCAAAAAUGUCUAACACCCUGUUUUCGCUUUGUAAUUAUGGGGUAUUGUCUGUAGAUUGCUGAGGAUAAAAAAAAAUUUGUUUUAGAAUAAGGCUGUAAUGUAACAAAAUGUGGAAAAAUUCAAGGGGUCUGAAUAAUUUCCGAAGGCACUGUAUGUCUCCGCUAUGUGGGUGUUCAAUGUCAAUCAAAUUGUAAUGAAAUUGCUGUCUGUCUUUCUUUCUCCCUCUCUACUCUCUCCCUCCUCCCUCUCUCCAGGCGUUGACGGCCCUGCUGUCUGAUGACAGUAAGUUUGGUUUCAUAGUGAUAGAUGGUAGUGGGGCUCUCUUUGGGACACUCCAGGGGAACACCAGAGAGGUGCUGCACAAGUUCACCGUGGACCUGCCCAAAAAACACGGUACGCUCCGCUCAUUACGCACACACAGACGGACAUAAGAACAAGAACAUUCAAGAUUUUAAAUAAAAACAAUUGAUCAAAAAAAGGAAAUGUAUAUUAUCCCCCAUCACUACUUUUUUUAUCCAUCUAAUCUUCUCGCUCUCUCAGGCAGAGGAGGUCAGUCUGCUCUGCGGUUUGCCCGUCUGAGGAUGGAGAAGAGACACAACUAUGUAAGGAAGGUGGCUGAGACAGCUGUCCAGCUCUAUGUGUCCAACGACAAGGUCAACGUGGCCGGAAUGGUCCUAGCAGGUUCUGCCGACUUCAAGACUGAGCUCAGCCAGUCCGACAUGUUUGACCCUGUAAGUGUGUGUGUUUGAGAUUAGCCAUGGUUGAUGCUGCACCAAUCCUUACUGUGAUCAGUUAAUCCUUUAUCGGACUGACGCUUUUGGUGCAAUUCCUCUCAUGGAUUUACUCAUUCUUAGUGACAAUGCAUAGCACUGCACACUAACCCCUGGUUUGUGUGUGUGCGCAGAGGUUACAGGCGAAGAUUCUGAAGCUGGUGGACAUCUCGUACGGAGGAGAGAACGGCUUCAACCAGGCCAUCGAGCUGUCGGCAGAGGUCCUCUCCAACGUCAAGUUCAUCCAGGAAAAGAAGCUCAUAGGUGUGUGUUUGUGGCACAUGUUGAGGUUAGAUUUUGGGUUAUCCCAGCGAAUGUGUGUCUGUGCCUGCGUUUGUUCGGGUUAGUGAAGAUUGUGAAUGGUAAUGAUGAUGAGUGAUGAUUGCUACCCUAUUUCCAUCCCCCAAUCACUCAUUCUUCUUUUUUCUUUGACCCUUUAUUCCUCUUCCCUCCCCCAUUUUCUUUCUCUCUCUCUCUCUCUCUUUUCUCUUCUCUUCUCUCUCUCUCUCUCUCGCUGCAGGGCGGUACUUUGAUGAGAUCAGUCAGGACACAGGGAAGUACUGUUUCGGGGUGGAGGACACACUCAAAGCCCUAGAGAUGGGAGCUGUGGAGAUCCUCAUCGUCUAUGAGAACCUAGACACCAUGCGCUACAUCCUUCGCCUGCACGGGGCCGAGAGCAUCGGAACAGAGAACGGUACAAACACUCCCCAUGCGUUAUACUCUGCUUCAACGGAGCAGAAAAUGGUACACACACACUCCCCAUGUGCAGUAUGUCGUCUUUCUCCAUGAAGUAGAACAACUGAGCAGAGAAUGCUACAUACACACUCACUUUUCAUGCACUUUUUCUCAUUCCCUGUCUCCAUUGGCCUUGUGUUUCAGAUGAGAAGACUCUGUAUUUAACACCAGAGCAGGAGAAAGACAAGUCCCACUUCACAGACAAGGAGGUAAGCCCUGUUCUCUGUCCCUUGGUGUCAUACACAGUUGCCUUGACAAAACGUUAUUUUCCUGAACCCAUUCGGGUGGUUCAAUUUGUUGCUGACUUGUUAACAUUUCUUUGCGCUCUCUAACUGUGUCCAUUUGGUGUGUGUGCAUGUUCAGACUGGGCAGGACCACGAGCUGAUUGAGAGCAUGCCUCUGCUGGAGUGGUUCGCCAACAACUACAAGAAGUUUGGAGCCACGCUGGAGAUUGUCACAGACAAGAGUCAAGAGGGCUCCCAGUUUGUCAAAGGCUUUGGAGGCAUUGGGGGUGAGUCCACACUUGUUGUUAUAGGGUAUUAACAUAGGUGUCUCUGUUAUGGUCAUGUUGUGAAGGUAGUUCACAGCAUGAGAUCAAAUUCAUAAGCCUAACAUUAGUAAUGACACUUCAAUCCAGCAGAAGUCUUUAUCUGGAUAAUUGACUCUUUCUCUCUUUCUCAGGAUGCUUGCGGUACAGGGUGGAUUUCCAGGCCAUAGAUUACCAGGCAGAGGACGACGAGUUUUUCGAUUUAGAUGACUACUAGGUAGUAGGGGACUGAAUUGGGGAUGAAGAAGAAGAAGAAGAA